AUGUACAUUUAUUUUUUGAUACAUCAUGGUGUUUUACCUCCUCUUGCCAACCUGCUUACAAAAGACUAUGGUACAACAUGGAAAAAAAUAAAGAAGGACGCUUGCUGGGCGAUUUCAAACAUCACUGCAGGCACUGAAGAACAAAUUCAGGCAGUUCUUGAUGAAAAUCUGAUCCCAACGUUGGUCAAGUUGGCUCAAAGUGCUGAAUUUGACAUAAAGGAAAAAGCUGUAAGGGCAAUUUCAAAUGCAGCCUUAGGUGGUUCUCAUGAUCAAAUCAGAUUCUUGGUGGAGCAGGGUUGCAUAAAACCUUUAUGUGAUCUCCUGUUACAUCCAGAGCCAGUUAUCAUCUCAGCGUGUCUGAAUGGAUUGGAAAAGAUUUUGGAGGUUGGAAAGGCAGUGAUGAUGAGAAUAGGAGGAAACGUGAACAAUUACACUCAACGGAUUGAAGACGCGGAAGGUCUACAAAAGAUUGAGAACAUACAACACCACGAAAACAACGAGAUCUCCGAGAAGGCUUCCAAGAUUUUAACGACAUACUGGCAGGAAGACGAUGGUGAGAAUUGAGAAGACACAACAACCUCCAAGGUGAUGAUCUCGUUUUGCAGUUGUAAGAGAACCAGAUCUUCAUCUACUUUAUGAUAUCUUCAUCUACCUUUCAAACUGUUGAGAAAUCUUCAUCUACACUAUGAGAUCCAACACAAUCUAUUUGAAAAAAUGGCUCUCUAGAUAUUAAGAGAUUAGGUUGAUUUAGGAAAGAUGACUGUAGAUACGUUUAUCCAUUGAAAUAAUUAGGCUGAAUUGUACAGUAUUUGGCAUUAGAUGAAUGUCAGGGAAGGUGAUAUUUGGACAUAUUGGUAACGUUGUUGGUGUUGUUCAACUUUUACUGACAACAUAUUUUUCAGCCAAGAUAUGAGUUCAAAGCUUUUUACUUCAUACUAUAAACUCCUCUCAUCUUUCAACACUAAGUUCCUGAUGAACUCGAUCAGUGAUGGAUCGUUGAUUAAUG